AGUGAAGUGUGGUGAGUGGAUGGUGGAAAAGAUUAUAUAGUAAUUUGCUUUAGCCACCAACCAACCAUUGACUCACACAUUCUCUCACUCUCUGUUGCAUUAUCACAAACACCUUCCACUAACUAUCUCCGUCACAAUGCAACUCGCCACGGCGUCGCACACCCUGGUUUCACCGUCACCACUUCAGCCUAAUUCACUUCUCCGAUCAUCCUUCUCCGGCGUCUCCGUCAAACUCUCUCCCCAAUUCUUGACCCUUUCUCCCAAUUCCAAACCGCUCACCGUCGUCGCCGCCACUAAGAAAGCCGUCGUCGUCCUCAAAGGUAACUCAGCCGUCGAAGGCGUCGCCACACUCAUCCAAGAAGACGAUGGCCCAACUACAGUAAGUGUUCGUGUUACUGGUCUUACUCCGGGGCUUCAUGGUUUUCACCUUCAUGAGUAUGGUGACACCACGAAUGGGUGUAUAUCAACGGGAGCACAUUUUAAUCCUAAUAACCUGACACAUGGUGCUCCUGAGGAUGAAGUCCGUCAUGCGGGUGACCUGGGAAACAUAGUUGCUAAUGCAGAUGGGCUUGCAGAGGUUACAAUCGUGGAUAAUCAGAUACCGCUCUCUGGCCCCAAUUCUGUAGUUGGAAGAGCCUUAGUGGUUCACGAGCUUGAGGAUGACCUUGGAAAGGGUGGGCAUGAACUUAGUUUGACAACUGGAAAUGCUGGUGGAAGAUUAGCAUGUGGUGUGGUUGGUUUGACUCCAGUAUAAAUACAGGCGAAUGUUUUUGCAGUGGUCAUGUUAUUUUGUCUGAAUCUGAUAUCAUGUUUUCUUUCCUCGGUUACCCAUGUUUUGUGAAGCAUGGCCUACUGUUGUCUGCUUCCUUCAGUUACUAAUGUAAACUAUGAAGCUUAUGAGUCCUUUUAAAGAUGAGUGCACAAAUGAAUCGUGAAAACAUUUUAGUUCUUACCAGAGAGAUUCAUCAUGCGGUCAAGUGUGUACUCCCCAAUAAAAUUUAUCAUGCGGUCAAGUGUGUACUCAAUAAAAUUGAUUCCUGUGGUCCUUGUGGCCUGCUUGUGAAAGGACCUACGUUGAUAUUCGAUAUUACUUGUGUGCUGGCUUAGCUAUAAUGGUGCAAGUGCAACAGCUGGUUUAUUGUGUCUAAACGUUCAUAUGUUCAGUUGGGUGCAGGAUUUCCGCCCUCAGUUAAGCAGCUGGUGUGGGGUGUUGAGUUUGAAUGCUACGUUAGUAAGAUGACACAGUUGGAUUUUUUUUGUACUACUUGUUUUUGUUAUUUGCACUUCUUGUCACUUACAAAUUUUAAUUUUUG